AUGCAACUGCACAUGCGUUGCACCGAAUAUUCGUGCAACAAAAUGAGUAUAAGCGCAAAUUGCGAACAGUGUGAGCGAAAUCCCGUUCUCGCUGAAGAAAUUCUGAAAGAUCCAAUGACGACGUGGUGGGAAGAAACCGCACAAUCGCCGGUUGAGUUGAAAGAAGUUUCGGAAAAUUCAACAGAAUACGAGGAAGUGAAUGGAUUAUUUCGACUAACGUCGCGGGGUAUGUCAAUCACGAAGUUAGAACGGGUGGAAAAUCCGUAUCUGUUGGGACACUACUUAAUGAAAAAAGAAAAAAUGCGGAGCGAAGGUUCUUAUCCAUCGGAAAGGUCUUUGUUUCAUGGUACAUUCGAGAAAUAUGUCAGUGACAUAUGCAAGUAUAAUUUUGAUUGGCGGAAAUGUGGAAAUUCGAGAGGGCACAAGUUUGGUCAAGGAGUCUCCUUUGCGCCGGAAGUGUCAUAUGCACGGCAUUAUACUACGUAUGGGGAGGACGUAAUGAUACUUACAAAGGUCUUAGUGUCUAAGGAUAUAGUUGGAAGUUCUAGUACAGUGGUACCACCCGCACCAUAUGAUACCACCAAAAACAUCAAAAACACUGUUAUUGUGAAAUAUGACGACGAUGAUUUUUAUCCACAAUAUGUAAUACAUUUUAAGCGGUUUUAA